AUGGCAGGAGGAAUCCCUCCUGGCCAUCAGGACUCAGUCUUGGUGGCCGGGAGGGAUUCCUCUCGGCCAUUGAGACUUUAUUGUCUCAACCCAUCCGAAAAAUACUUAACCGUCACCGCCUGUAGACAAAACCUGGCCGGUGAUGUCUGCGCAAUCAUGAGGGUACAUGCCUUCUUGGAACAGUGGGGGAUCAUUAACUAUCAGGUUGACUGGGAGAAAAUUGUGCAACACGUAGGGGGAACUAAGACGAAGGAAGAGUGUAUCCUCCAUUUCUUGCGCAUGCCGAUUGAGGAUGAAUUCUUACUGAACUCAAACGCCAAACUGAAUACAAGCUUGGUUCUUGGACUAGGCAAGAUCCCUCGAGCCCAAACUGGUGGCUGA